AUGUUAUCAUUCUUAGCAAAGAAGGUACCACGAACUACAACCUAUAGGCUCAACCCAAUCCUAUUUGAUGAUGGCCGUUCCUAUAUCGAAUUCAAGUCCCCCAACGACCAGUACCUCGUCAUGAAUCGCUGGCCACCCGGUUCCAACGAGACGAACAAGAAUAUAGCCCUGCGCCCACCACUUCACUGGCAUCGGAAUCAGACUGAAACCUUCCAUGUGAUUAGCGGGUCUGCUAAAUUUAUCUACGAGGGACAAGAAAUAAUCAAAACAAGCGGUCAAACCAUGCUGAUCCCGAUCAAAACCUUCCACACCUUCUGCAAUGCAAGUGCCGAGAAUGAGCUCGUGAUUGAGUUUGUCCUGGAGCCAAAAUGGAAAGAAAGGGACGAGGCAUUUUUCCGAAAUGUGCAAUCUUAUCGUGAUGACUGUCGUAAGGCGGGUCUCUCUAGAAGCUUACCGCAAGUGUUAUUGUUUAAUUGGGCUGGAGGUGUUGUACUUGCUUUGCCUGGUCCACGUAUCCUCGCUAGGUUUCUAGGUGUGUGCAUGAACUUCCUUGGGGGUGUUGUGCUGGGGAAGUAUAUUCUAGGAUAUCAAACAUCAUAUCCCGAAUACUACAAGCCAAAGAUUUAG